GUUGCGCAGUGGAGUACAGCCGUCCGCCAUCACUGCAUACAAGCUAGCAUUAGCCAAAAACCACUGAGAAGCGAGCGAGUGACAACAACAUAACAGACAUACACACCGACCUAAUUCCUGCAGGGGAGGUCACUGAGUUACCCUGUCGCUUUCCUGGCGUAGAAAGCAAACUAGCAACUGCCUUUCAUGUAGUCUUUAAGUCAACUUAGUAACGAAAGUCGUUCUAACUAAUCAUGUCCAACCUCAAAGGCGGCACCAAGAAGGACACCAAGAUGAGGAUACGAGCCUUUCCUAUGACAAUGGAUGAGAAGUAUGUCAACAACAUCUGGGACCUUUUAAAGAAUGCCAUCCAGGAGAUCCAGAGGAAGAACAACAGUGGGUUGAGCUUUGAGGAGCUCUACAGGAAUGCCUACACCAUGGUGCUCCACAAGCACGGGGAGAAGCUCUACACGGGCCUGAGGGAGGUCGUCACAGAGCACCUCAUCAACAAAGUACGGGAAGACGUCUUAAACUCUCUAAAUAACAACUUUCUGCAAACACUGAAUCAGGCCUGGAAUGACCAUCAGACUGCCAUGGUUAUGAUCAGAGACAUCCUCAUGUACAUGGACCGUGUCUAUGUUCAACAAAACAACGUGGAGAAUGUGUACAACCUCGGCCUCAUCAUAUUCAGGGACCAGGUGGUCCGCUACGGCUGCAUUCGAGACCACCUACGACAGACGUUACUCGACAUGAUCGCUCGUGAGAGGAAGGGAGAAGUUGUAGACAGGGGCGCCAUCAGAAACGCCUGUCAGAUGCUGAUGAUCCUUGGCCUGGACGGCAGGUCUGUAUACGAGGAGGACUUUGAGGGUCCUUUCUUAGAUAUGUCGGCGGAAUUCUUCCAGAUGGAGAGCCAAAAGUUCCUAGCAGAAAACAGUGCCAGUGUCUACAUUAAGAAGGUGGAGGCCAGAAUUAAUGAAGAGAUCGAGCGAGUUAUGCACUGCCUGGACAAGACUACAGAGGAGCCCAUUGUCAAGGUGGUGGAGAGGGAGCUCAUUUCCAAACACAUGAAGACCAUAGUGGAGAUGGAGAAUUCUGGCCUUGUCCAUAUGCUCAAGAACGGAAAGACAGAAGACCUGGCUUGCAUGUACAAGCUGUUCAGCCGUGUGCCAAAUGGCCUGAAAACCAUGUGUGAGUGUAUGAGCUCCUACCUAAGGGAGCAAGGCAAAGCUCUGGUGUCAGAAGAGGGAGAGGGCAAGAACCCUGUCGACUAUAUCCAGGGCCUGCUAGACCUGAAGAUACGAUUUGACCGUUUCCUCCUCGAGUCAUUCAACAACGACAGACUCUUUAAACAAACCAUAGCAGGAGACUUUGAGUAUUUCCUCAACCUCAACUCCCGCUCACCGGAGUACCUCUCACUCUUUAUCGAUGACAAGCUCAAGAAGGGUGUUAAAGGGUUAACAGAACAGGAGGUGGAGUCGAUCCUGGACAAGGCCAUGGUGUUGUUCCGCUUCAUGCAGGAGAAGGAUGUGUUUGAAAGGUACUACAAGCAGCAUCUGGGUCGCAGGCUCCUCAGCAACAAGAGUGUCUCAGACGACUCGGAGAAGAACAUGAUUUCUAAGCUCAAGACAGAAUGUGGCUGUCAGUUCACCUCGAAACUGGAAGGGAUGUUCAGAGACAUGAGCAUCUCCAACACUACCAUGGAUGAGUUCAGGCAACACAUACAAACCACGUCGGCAUCUCUAAGUGGUGUGGACCUCACAGUAAGAGUCCUCACGACAGGCUACUGGCCUACACAGUCGGCAACACCUAAAUGCACCAUCCCCCCCUCUCCCAGACACGCCUUUGAAGUCUUUAGAAGGUUUUACCUCGCUAAGCACAGUGGUAGACAACUCACACUGCAACACCAUAUGGGCGGGGCGGACCUGAACGCAACUUUCUACGGAACUAUUAAAAAGGAGGAUGGCUCAGAGGUGGGUGUGGGGGGUGCUCAGGUGACCGGCUCCAACACCCGGAAGCACAUACUGCAGGUCUCCACCUUCCAGAUGACCAUUCUCAUGCUUUUCAACAACAGAGACAAGUGUACUUUCGAGGAGAUCCAGCAGGAGACGGAUAUCCCCGAGCGGGAGUUAGUGCGAGCGCUGCAGUCUCUGGCCUGUGGGAAGCCGACACAGAGAGUCCUCACCAAGGAGCCAAAGUCUAAAGAGAUCGAGACCGGCCACGUGUUUACGGUUAAUGAUCAGUUUACUUCCAAACUGCACAGAGUCAAAAUACAGACAGGUGGGCAAAGCUUGUGCACAACACAUGCAUCACAAAAAGAAAAGUCACACCUCAUUUCCAGGCCAGCUUCUGUCCAGCACGGCACUGUAUUGCUUGGUCAGAGAGUUUCAUUUCUAUGCAUUUAAAACAUGAUAAUGUUGACUUGUUUCGGUAGUCUUAAAGGUG